CCUCCUCACACCGGGGCCUCUCGAGGGGUAACUCGGCACUUUCUUGAAUUCAAUGGCAGUUGCGAAUCGAAUAACCGGAGGGAGAGUCCGAGUCCCCUCUCCCCAGAUCUGAAGCCCCGCCUCGAAAGUUCUCUCCAUUUCCGAAAACACGGUCUAUCUCCUCUCCUGUUGUCGAUCGCUCGAUCGCUCGCUCGCCCAUCGGUUCUUGGAGAGAUGAUGAAGUUCUUCGAUAACUUGCCGCCCAUGGAUCACCUGCGAUCCGAGAAGAUGAGCUUCGUCCAGCUCAUAAUCCCCGUCGAGUCCGCCCACCGGGCGAUCACCUACCUCGGCGAGCUCGGCAUGCUUCAAUUCAGAGAUUUAAAUGAUGAUAAGAGCCCCUUUCAGCGAACUUUUGUCAAUCAGGUGAAGCGAUGUGGGGAGAUGUCACGUAAAUUGAGAUUUUUCAGCGAUCAGAUUAGCAAGGCCGGCAUCACAUCUUCUGCUUGUCCUGCUUUGCAACCUAUUAGCUUGGAGGAGCUAGAGGUGCAAUUGGCCGAACAUGAGGCUGAACUUCUUGAAAUGAAUAUGAAUAAUGAGCAAUUGCGACAGGCAUAUAAUGAGCUUCUUGAAUUUAAGUUAGUUUUGUUAAAGGCAGGUAGCUUCCUUGGGUCCAGUCAAAAUCAUGAAAUUCCAGCUGAGAGAGAAUUAGAUGAAAAUGUAUAUUCUAAGGAGAAAGAUCAGGAGAGCCUAUCCUUAUUUGAUCAGGAAACACUGUCUGAGAUGUCAAACAAGGCUGGUUUGAGAUUCAUCAGUGGGAUUAUAUGUAAAUGGAAAGCGCUAAGAUUUGAAAGGUUGCUCUUCCGAACUACAAGGGGAAAUAUGUUUUUUAAUCAAGCACCUGCGGAGGAACAUGUCAUGGAUCCAGUAUCAGGAGAAAUGGUAGAAAAAAUAGUCUUUGUAGUUUUCUUUUCUGGGGAGCAGGCUAAAACAAAAAUAAUUAAAAUUUGUGAAGCUUUUGGAGCAAAUUGCUAUCCUGUUCCUGAGGACACUAAUAAGCAGAGUCAAAUGACUCGUGAGGUGUCAUCACGUCUCUCUGAAUUAGAAGCCACUCUGGAUGCUGGAAUCCAUCAUAGAAAUAGUGCUCUAGCUUCGAUUGGGUCUCAACUGUGGAGGUGGACUAUCAUGGUAAGGAAGGAGAAAGCUGUAUAUGAUACGUUAAAUAUGCUCAAUUUCGAUGUGACAAAAAAAUGCCUUGUUGGUGAAGGCUGGUGCCCUAUAUUUGCAAAACCUCAGAUCAAAGAUGCCUUGCAGCGUGCAACAAUUGACAGCAAUUCACAAGCGGGGAUAAUAUUUCAUGUGAUGCAUGCUAUUGAAUCACCGCCUACAUAUUUCAGAACUAACCGAUUUACUCAUGCAUUUCAGGAAAUUAUUGAUGCAUAUGGUGUUGCUAGAUAUCAAGAAGCAAAUCCUGCUGUGUACUCUGUCAUUACAUUUCCUUUUCUUUUUGCUGUGAUGUUUGGAGACUGGGGCCAUGGUAUAUGUUUAUUGUUGGGAUCGUUAUUGCUUAUUAUUCGUGAGAAAAGGCUUGGUUCUCAGAAACUUGGCAGCUUCAUGGGGAUGGCGUUUGGAGGGCGCUAUGUACUCCUUUUGAUGGCAUUGUUCUCUAUCUAUUGUGGAUUAAUAUAUAAUGAAUUUUUUUCAGUCCCAUUUCACAUCUUUGGUGAAUCUGCUUAUAAAUGUCGGGAGAUCAGUUGCAGUGAUGCACGCACUACUGGUCUUGUAAAGUACCAUGAUCCAUACCCAUUUGGGGUGGAUCCAAGAUGGCGUGGGAGUCUUUCUGAGCUACCGUUUCUGAACUCCCUCAAAAUGAAGAUGUCUAUAUUGUUUGGUGUGUCUCAGAUGAAUUUAGGUAUCAUACUAGGUUACUUUAAUGCAAAGUUCCGUGGAAGCUCCCUUGAUAUUAGGUAUCAGUUUAUGCCGCAGAUGAUCUUUCUCAACAGUCUUUUUGGUUAUCUUUCACUCCUCAUUCUCAUCAAGUGGUGCACAGGCUCUCAAGCUGAUUUAUAUCAUGUGAUGAUUUAUAUGUUCCUGGACCCAACCAGUGACCUUGGUGAAAAUCAGUUGUUUUGGGGUCAGAAACCACUGCAGAUUUUGUUAUUGCUUCUGGCUAUUGUGGCAGUUCCUUGGAUGCUCUUUCCAAAGCCUUUCAUCCUAAGAAAGCUCAAUAUGGAGAGAUUUCAAGGUCGUACCUAUGGCAUCCUUGGGACAUCUGAAAUGGAUUUUGAUCUUGAACCUGAUUCUGGAAGACAACACCUUGAUGAUUUUAAUUUCGGUGAGGUAUUUGUGCAUCAGAUGAUACAUUCCAUUGAGUUCGUUCUUGGUGCAGUCUCAAACACUGCAUCAUAUCUUCGUCUUUGGGCUUUGAGCUUGGCGCAUUCAGAGCUGUCAACCGUUUUCUAUGAGAAAAUACUACUCCUAGCCUGGGGGUAUGACAACCCUAUCAUUCGGAUAGCUGGGCUUGCAGUUUUUGCCUUUGCAACAGCAUUCAUAUUGCUGAUGAUGGAGACGUUAAGUGCCUUUCUUCAUGCUCUGCGUCUCCAUUGGGUUGAAUUUAUGAACAAGUUCUACCAUGGUGAUGGUUAUAAGUUCAGACCCUUUUCAUUUGCCUCCCUAGCAGAUGAGGAAGACUGAUCGGUGGCAUUCCUUCAGAAACUUUGAUUCUUAUUGAUGGGAAGUAUGCGAAAGAUAAAAGAAUAAACAGGUGAAAGAUAGAAAUCAUUACUUUGCUGCACCAUGAUCAGAUGAGAGCUAUAUAUGUAGUCGUGGAUCCAAGUGCAGCAUUUGCACUUUAAUUAACAGUGCAAAAACUCUUCUUCAUUCGCCUCCUAGCUGUCAGUGCGGAGAAAACAAGCAACUGAGAGAUAUUUUGUAAAGUUACAGUAAGAUAAUUACUUCUUAGAACAGACUGGUGCUUGGCAAUACAGUUGAACUUCUGAAAGUCAUAUGUCAUCUAGGGGAAGCAGAUUCUAAUUUUUUAACUCCAAUAUAAAUGUAGAUUUUUUCCAUAAAACAGAUCCUUCCCCUUCAUGCUUUUUGUAUGUCAACUUACUUUUUAAUUCUCCAUUUGAAGGAAAAGCUUUCUUUUGAUAAGGCACUGUUGACCGUUUAGAGUUGGCUUUCAUCCAGCCUUGUAUCACUAUGUUGCUUUUGAAAUCCGUGUAAUCUGUAUGGAUGCGAACUUUUGAAAUUGCUGUAGAGAAUGCUUUUCCCCCUCUUCUAGAAGAUGUAUUCAGGGUAUCAUGGUGGACUUUGAUGAAAUGAAACUUGCUUGCUGCUA